CUCUAGCAAAAUUGACAUAAAACUUGAAAAAGUGAAUUUGGAAUUCGAUAUUUUUCCCGAUGACAAUUCAUUAGCUUUUAGGCUGUUACUUCUUGUCCGAGAUAUAGAAAUUCUAGACGAAAUAAAGACGUCUGAAUUGGGUGCAGCAUGGUUACCACAUAUAAAGAGCACUCAAGUGCCCAACGUAGUAUCUGGUGUGGUCAAAGAUGGUAGGAUUAUUAGAGGUUUACAAAAGGGACAGAGUCGUUUGCACGAGCCACAACUAUGGAAACAAUCAGAUUUGGUACCAAACUUGCGGUUGGAACGCAGAUUUUGCUUGAACAAGCAGAUGAAAUUCUUUUCUUUCGAAUCUCAAAAUGACACCAACACAAGGAGUAGUACUAAUCCUACAGCAAGUACCAUAGAUGAGGAGUUUGAUAGCGAAGAAGACAAUAUUAAGGAAUUAAUAAGCAAAUACGCUGAUCGGCCAGCAGAUUUGAAUGAAGAUAAUUUUAUUGAUAUUUUAUAG